AUGGAUCCAGAGCGGUUGAAGUCCCUCACCAACAAGCGAAGCGUCAUCCUCGCGAAGGUGAAGUGGGAGUUGUCCGUCGCGAAUGCCAUCAAAACCCGCAAUCCGUCCCUCGGCGAAGUGGCGGAACGGCGGGACAAGUUGACCGACCUCGCUCGGUGUUUCGAAGGCAUUCAGACCGAGAUCGAGGAGGCCACGCCGAACCUGGAGGAAGUGGUCACGGUGUUCAACCACCGAAUCCUGUUCGAGGAGGCGUACUUCCAGAUCAAGGACCUUUACACGGAGUACUUGGACCAACAUGUGGAGGAGCCAGAAGACAGAUCGGAAAACCGGCAGGACAACGAUUUGCGGGACGCCGUCAGGGCGCUCCUGGAAUCGCAGCAGCAGAUGCUUCUCGCGCAGUGCCAGAAACCAACACCGCAAUCGUUGGCGCUAGCGGCGGGGAGCCAGGUAUCGAACUCGGUACCACAAAACGUCGUCAAGCUUCCACAGAUCGACAUCCCAAAGUUCACCGGGGAGCGCAAACAUUGGCGCUCAUUCAAGGACCUCUUCGAGUGUACAAUCCACAACCGGACCGACCUGCGGGAUUCGGUCAAGAUGCAGUACUUGUUUUCCUACCUGGAUGGGGAGGCAAAGGGGAAGGUUGACUCGUUUUCGAUUAACGAGGACAACUACCGCGAGGCGUGGGAUGCACUCGUGACGUUUUACGACAAAAAGAAAUACACGGUGUUUGCCCUCGUCCGGGAGUUCGUUGACCAGCAACAAGUCACGAGCUCGAACGGGUUGAAGAAACUCGUGGCAACAUCCGAUGACGUCGUUCGCCAGCUGAAGCCACUGGGAAGGGAGUACGAGUCACGGGACCCGUGGCUCAUCCAUUUGCUGCUUGAGAAGCUGGACCGAGAGACGCGCUCACUGUGGGCGCAAAGGAUCAUCAACAUCGAGAACCCAACUUUUGCCGCGUUUUUGGAGUUUUUGCAGCAGCGAUGCGAUGCUUUGGAGACAUGUUUGGCCUUUAGCAAGAAGCCGGCCUCCGAUUCGACGACACAACCGCUGUUGCGAGCUUUCAAGGCCAUGGACGUGGACGGAAGGCGGGAAUUAGUUCUUUCUCAAAAGCUGUGCUUCAACUGCCUUAAGCCGUCCCACACAACGAGCAAGUGCCCUUCGAAGUCAACGUGCCACAAACCCGAUUGCAAUCAACGGCACCACACGAUGCUGUGCUAUCAGCAGCAGCUUCAAGGCUAUGAACCGGAAGAGACGGACCACGACUUAUGUCCACAACUUCCGGAGGAGGCGGAAGAGGUCUGGUCGUUCUCAGCGAACACAGCCCAAACGAAGGCGAACAAGCACGGCCCGUCGACGGCAGCACUGUUGCCUACGGUGGUCGUGAACCUGCAGGGAAAGGACGGCAAGUUGCACCAGGUGCGAUGCCUCGUCGACAGUGGAUCACAAGCAUCCUUGAUCACGGAGGCAUGCGUCAAGCGCAUUGGAUUGAAGCGCACGAAGGUCUCUCUGGAAGUAUCUGGAGUAAACGGGGAAAUUGUCGGCAACACGGCCGGCGCAGUUACGCUGGUGAUGUCUUCGCGUUUCAACGGAGAAGCCAAGCUCACCACGCAAGCCUACGUGUUGGGAAGGCUGACGGCAACCCUGCCGAACCAGCGCUUCAGCGUAGCGGAUCUGCCCUUCCUGGAGGGCUGGAACUAG